AUGGUCAGCUCCUGUUGUGGCUCUGUCUGCUCUGAGGAGGGCUGUGGCCAAGGCUGCUGCCAGUCCAGCUGCUGCAGACCCAGCUGCUGUGUGUCCAGCUGCUGCAGACCCUCCUGCUGCCGCCCCAGCUGCUGUGUGUCCAGCUGCUGCCGCCCCUGCUGCCGCCCCAGCUGCUGCAGACCCUCCUGCUGCCAGCCCAGCUGCUGCCGCCCCAGCUGCUGCAUCUCCAGCUGCUGCCAGCCCUCCUGUGGUGGUUCCAGCUGCUGCAGUCCUUGCUGCCAGCCCUGCUGCUGCCAGCCAUGCUGCUGCCCACCCUCCUGUGGUGGCUCUAGCUGCUGCAGCCCCUGCUGCCAGCCCUGCUGCAGCCCCUGCUGCAGCCCCUGCUGCCAGCCCUGCUGCAAGCCCUGCUGCCAGCCCUGCUGCAGCCCCUGCUGCCAGCCCUGCUGCAAGCCCUGCUGCAGCCCCUGCUGCCAGCCCUGCUGCCGCCCCUGCUGCCGCCCCUGCUGCUGCCUGCGUCCAGUCUGCGGUCAGGUCUGCUGCCAGACCACUUGCUACCGCCCCACCUGUGUCAUCUCCACCUGCCCCCGCCCCAUGUGCUGUGCCACCCCUUGCUGCUAA